GCUGUUUCCCAGAAUUCGGCCUUGUCAACGAGACUGACGGCAUGUUCAUGCUCGACCUCCCGCCCAGCCCCAGCUCGCACCACGCCGACGCCACGCCGACCGCCGCCGACACCGCCACCACGUCGCCGUCGUCGGUCGCCACCGCCGCCGCCAUCCCAGAAGAGACCACGUCCACGGAACUCCGGUCCUUCAUCGCGGGAGGGUUGGCUGGCGUGAUUGCCAAGUCGAUGCUGUCGCCCGUGGACCGCAUCAAGCUUCUUUUCCAAGUGAGCGAUCACUUGCGUUUUUCUCUGCGGAAUGCGCUGCACAUGGGCGUGGACAUUGCAAAACGAGAUGGCGUCCAAGCACUAUUCCGAGGCAACACGAUCAACCUGGUCAAGGUAUUCAUGUCGGCGGGCAUCCAGCACUCGUCCUUUGACUACAUCCGUCGGCGGUUCCACGACGCCAACAGCAGCAACCACCACGGCAACACUCCGUACGUGAAGAAGCUGUCCAACGCCCAGCUCAUCGCGUCCGGCUCCCUCGCCGGCAUGCUCUCGACCAUGUGCACGUACCCCAUCGACGUCGUGCGCACGCGGUACAUGGUGCAGCAAGGCAAGAUCAAGUACACCAACGUGUUUGAUGCAGUCAAGUGCAUGUACAAAGCAGAGGGGCUGCGGUCGUUCAGUCGCGGGCUAUUUGUGAACCUUGUGGGGAUUGUACCGUACACUGGAAUUGGGUUUUCGCUCAACGAACGGUUCAAGCAGAGCAUGCUCGAGUUCCAGCACGAGUUCUUUGCGCCAGCCAACCCCGACUCGUACCAGUUAUCGCCAUUCUCCAAGUUUAUGUGCAGCUAUUUGGCCGGGUCUAUUGCCCAAACUGUCACGUAUCCUCUGGACACUGUACGAAGGCGCAUCCAAACAGACGGGUACGUGACCGGCGCCACGGACGCGCGCAAGUACAUCAACAUGCGCACGACAUGCAAGAUUAUCCUCGACCAGGAAGGGCUCCGCGGGUUUUACAAGGGGGCAACCGUCACGUGGAUGCGUGUGAGGGCUCAUCUAUCGAAAUUUACUUCACUCACAUGAAUUGUCACCAUAGGGACCGUUCUUGACAGGCAUCAGUUUGACCACAUACGACCUGUUCAAGGAGCUUCUAGAUGUCGAAAAGAUAUAAUAGUAUAUAUCUGGUAUUGUAUUUCUCGA